AUGGAAACUCCCACCGAAAAUAUGCCUGCCUCGCCGGGCGCCCCUCUGUACACCAUGUCGCCUGAGCGCGUCAACGGCAUCCGCACGCCCUACAACAUCUGCACCAGCCCACAACAAGACGUCGCCUCGCCGAAGCUGGGCUCACCCGCCAGGUCUGUCCACAGCAGGAGCGGCUCCGAUCACGUCCAGGGUAUGGUCGCCCGCUUCAACUCGAUGGAUGUCCGUGACCCCAAGGAGCUGCACAGGCGCGACGAAGUCGCCAUCAAGAGAGCCGAGAUGGCGCGCGAAAUGGCCGAGCUCGACUCCAAGAAGCUCAAGGAGGAAAAGGACGAGGCCGAGAGCCAGGCAAGGAGGUACAGAGAGGAGGCGCGGAAAUCCAGGAAAGACAUCGAAGAGGGCCGUGAGCGCGAGAAGAAGGUCGCAAAGAGGCUCGACGCCGUUAUGGAGGACUUGCACCGCGCAAAGGAGACCCACGUCCACACGCAGGGUCUGUACGAAAAGGAAAUCCGCAAGGCACGCAAAGAGGCAUUUAAGUCGUCGUCGAUGCUCGUCAAGCUUCAAGAAGAACUCAAGGCUACUCGCAACUCCCUCCGAAUCACACAAGCCGGCUUCGAGUCUGAAAAGAUGAAGUCCAACAAGCGGGAACAAGAAAGCUUCCAGGCACAAUGCCAGCUCAUCAGCAUGCAAGAAGAGCUGAAGAAGGCACGGGAACUGGUCAACGUCGUCGAGCAAGAGCGCGACGCGCUCAAGACCAGCUUGAAGGAGGAGGAAGUUGCCAGAAUCGCGGCUGAAGGCCAAAUUGCGCUUCCUCCCUCCGACGAGUUUGACGAGGAGUUUGGAAGCCCGAAGAAGUCGCCGACGAAGGUCCGCACUGAGACGUCGAGCUCGGACAAGGAGAACGUUGAGGUGCCGGCCCAUGACAUGGAGAUGAAGACGUUGAACGAGGACCUCGACGCGGAGCGGACCCGUCGCCAGCGCGCAGAGGACACGAUCGAAUUUAUGAAGAUGGAGUGCCAGUUCCAAUGCUGCUCGUGCCGCGUGGCUGAGCUGAAGGGCGACAGCUACGUUCAUGACGACAGCUUUGAGAAGGAGAUGCAACGCAUUUGGUCAUCGCUGCCGACGACGCCUCCGGCCAGCGAUGGCGACGUGGAGGACGUCAAGGCGCCCGCGGUCCAACUCGAGAGGCCAGCGACGCCAUCUGCAGCGGAGAAGACGGCCGAGCAGAAGGAAGAAGAGGCGCUCCAGCUCACCUUCAGCCCGACCUCGGGCACUUUCCGCAGUGUGCCCAGCCCCAUGAAGCCGAAGGCUGAGGCUGAGCAACUCGUUGACUCGGUCAUGGCCGAAGCUCUCGAACCAGUCAAGGGAGAGGAGAUGGCUGUCGAUGCGCCUGCAGAGGCGCAGCCAGCGCAGCAGCAGCAGCAGCCCGCGGCGCCGCUCUCGCCCACCCCGUCCGUUCCGGACGAUGCCCCGGCUGCCGCCAACAAAGCCGCCGCCGGGGACAACAGCACAACAGUUGGUCCCCCCUCCCCGCCCCGCACGCCCCCACCACCACCUCCUACGCAGCCCACUCAUCAUACUACCACGCCAGCCCACCACGACCACCAUCACGGACACGGACACAGCUCCCACCGCCCCGGCUCCAGCCACCACGACCGCCUGAUCCGCCGCACCGUCACAACCACGACUACGGUGCCCAUGCACUUCGACUCGCCCAAGCCCUACGCCGCCACCACUACUACCCCCGCCCCCGGCACGCCCACCUCCCUGCUGCCGGCUCCGCGCCUGCCCUCCCUCUCCGUCUUGACUCCUACACGCACUGCCGCCACCGCUGCCGUCACGCCGCAGCACGCGGCAGCGGCUCACGUCGAGGCGGCCUCGCCCUGGGGCGCCCUGCCCAUCGACCGCGCCGCCGCGCUCGAGCAGAUCAGACUAAGGCGCGGGCGCGCGCGCAGCGUGGCUGCGGGCUUGGCGACGCCGAGACGCCCGGUGCUGGGUGAGUAUUGCAGCGCAAUUGGUGGCAGUGCGGUUGUUGGGGGUGGAGGAGGAGGUGUUGGUGUUGGUGCUGCUGGUGUCAGGAGUGAGUCGAGGGUUUUGGGGAGGAGGGACUUGAGCGCCCCGGCUGGGUGGGGUGUCCGCUAG